AUGAUCAACCGCGGAAAGGAAGCGUUAGUUCUCUCGAAUAAAUGGGAGACCCUCUACGACCGACUUACCUACAGAGGUAGGCAAGAAUUAUGCACGUUCCGGGGCGAGCUGUCCCUGGGUACGGACAAAUUUAAUGACGUCUUCGAUGAGGAGUGCAGGGACCUCCAAAUGAAGAAAGAUGUCGUAGAUGGCAAACCGAAAACUAAACUUCCAAGAAAAAUACAACAACUCUUAAGCCGAUACAAAGGUUACUCCAAGCGUCUUGCCCAAGCAGAACGGCAAGGUAGCGCUGAUGCGGAUCACCUGCGUGUCCUAUAUUCCAGAGCUCGAAACAAGUUCCGCAAGGAGCAAGGGCAAUGGAAGGCAAAACAGCGAGAGUUGGAGUACUCCAGAAUAGCCGAUGACAUGGCCUCGUAUGACUUUAAGUCAGCAUGGACACGGCUGAAAGCGCGGACGAAUCUGUCGAGUUCUACGGGCGAAGGACAGCCCAUGAAACCUAGUCAACCUCUAAAGGAUGACAAAGGGCAUUUGCAGACAAGCCCAGAGGGUAUACAAAAAGUGAUGUCUGACCAUUAUAAAAAGCUCCUUCAGGACGAUAAAGAUGGUCAGAUGCGCGACUAUGAGUACUGGCGCGAUAAAUUCCCAUAUCAGGAUGAGGUCAGUCGGGACUACGAACAUCUGGGCCUUAGCGCUCCGAUGGAAUGGCCCGAAUGCCUAUCCUCAAUCAGGGAGAUGAACGGGGGUACAUCUCCAAGUGAAGACGAGCUCCAUAUAGACGUCUUCAAGGGUAUGGUCGGCGAGGAGUGUAUGGCGGAGUUGAAAAUUCGGAACCCACAGUUCGUACGCAAGGAUAAUAUCCAAGUGAACCUGCCGAAGAAACUGCUCCCAAUGCAACCAAGAACGCCGAUGGGGAAAGUAGUGUUUCACCUACUUAAUUCAGCUUGGGAACUGGGGGAUAUCCCAGAGGCCUGGGAGGAGAACACCAUCGUCUCUUUGUUCAAGAAGGGCGAUCCCGAGCUACCGAAUAAUUAUCGGGGCGUAACACUCAUCUCUGUGUUGGAGAAAAUCCUGACCGGAGUUAUGAUGGCACGUCUAUACGGGACUCUAGAGAGUGCGGAAAUUUUGGACCCCGAACAAGCGGGUUUCCGUCCCGGUGAAGAGGCCAUUGGCCAAUUCAUUGCACUUGCAGAAAUAGUCCGGCGGCGCGGAGUAGUUGACGAAAAACUCCGUAUCACACCAACCUUUGGAAUCUUCAUUGACUUCAAAAAGGCAUAUGACAAAGUGCCUCACGGGAUGUUGUGGGUGGCUUGUGAAAACAUGGGGAUCAAAGGUCAUAUGUUGCGUAUGAUCAAAGCACUCUACAAAAGAACACGAGUAGCCGUACGGGCGGGGGGCGGCAAUGCUGAGGCUUUUGACCUAUGGAGAGGUCUCAGACAAGGUUGCCUCCUUUCACCUAUACUUUUCAUUAUCUUUGUAACAAAUCUUCUGCAGUACAUUCGAUACCAGGACGUGGAACAUGGAGUCGAUGUACCGCAUAAGAUGAUUUGGGACAAGAACCAGGCGAGAUGUCUUGGAUUGCUAUAUGCAGAUGAUGUAGUUGGCUUUGAAGGGAGUAUUGAAUAUUCUCGGAAAUUCAUAUCCAACUUGUAUAGAUGGAGUAAGGACUUUGGAAUGGAGAUAGGAUAUGAUAAAUGUGGUAUAAUGCUUCAAAGGGGAGGUCAGGUCUCCCCUAUUGGAGCAAGUGGGGGCACGGUCUUACCCGCCGGCUUCGGCUUCCCCGCUAGUCCUCAAACCAGAGGGCAACACUGUCAAAUUGUUCCGGAACACCCUAAAGCUCGUUGCGCCGCCCAUCGUAUAGUAAUAGAAAUGGGCACCUCACAGUCCUGA